UUCAUCUUCCCCUACCCUGCUCUUUCUCCCUCGCACACACUUCCUCAAAGCUUUUAAAUAAAAAUAAUUUUAAAAAAAGUGUGAAAAAAAAAAUGGAGAAACCCAGAUUCAUAAUAGAAGCAUCAGAUGCAAAAUCGAUGGGCCUAUCAACGGGCCUAACCCUAACCCAACUACUUCCAACCAUCGUCAAAUCGGCCCAACCUUUAGCCCGUGUCCCCAUCUCCAAAUUCCACGUAGCAGCCGUCGGAGUCGGAAUCUCCGGCCGAAUCUUCAUCGGCGUCAACGUCGAAUUUCCCGGCCUUCCUUUCCAUCACACCAUCCACGCUGAACAGUUUCUCUUAACAAAUCUCUCCCAAAACAAAGAAACUCAGCUUCAAUAUCUCGCCGUCUCCGCCGCACCUUGUGGCCAUUGCCGUCAGUUCCUCCAAGAAAUCCGCGGCGCCUCCGAUAUUCCACUUCUCAUAACAUCUGAAUCUGAAUCCAAAUCUGAAUUCACAUCGCUAUCAGAGUUUCUCUCUCAUCCUUUCGGUCCUCACGAUCUUCUUCCUAAACACGUUCCUCUUCUCUUGGAGCCUCGUAAUAACGAUUUGUCGUUUCUCGAUACCGGAUCCAACGUUUAUAGUAAUAAUAAUAAUAACAACAACAAUAAUAGUAAUAUUAUUCAAUCUUCGAUCUCGAUCUCGAUUUCGAAGUUGAAGAUUGCGGCACUUGAAGCAGCGAAUGAAUCUCACGCGCCGUACAGUGAAUCACCUUCCGGCGUAGCGUUAUUGGAUUCGCGCGGUAAUGUUUACAAAGGCUCUUACAUGGAAUCUGCUGCUUAUAACCCUAGUUUGGGGCCGGUACAGACUGCUAUUAUAGGUUUCAUUGCCGGUGCCUCCGCCGGAGAUGGUUCGGCGGAGUACGGUGAAUUAGUGGAAGCGGUGUUGGUUGAGAAAGACGAUGCGGUGGUGAAGCAGGAAAGUACGGCGAGGUUGUUGCUGAGUUCAAUCGCACCGCAGUGCGGCUUCAACAUGUUCCUUUGCAUUUCUAAUAAUAAAUAAUUGAUUUUAUUAUUGUUUUUAUUUAAUUAUUUGAGUGGAUCUGUAUGGUUGUUGAAUAUUGCAAAACAAAAUGAGAAGUUAUGGAUAAUAUGGUGUACUAUAGUAAUAUUAAUAAUCAUAAAUGAUAGUAUAUGAUAUUAUUCACUUUUUUGUC